AUGCACGGACGAUCAAAACUAUUCUCCAAUGAACAACCACUAUCACGAGAUGCAAUCUUACCUGAACCAAGCAAGUUUUACUUAGCUUGUCGAGAUGGAGACAUCCGUACAGUGAAAAACCUUUUGCCUACAAUUCCUUAUGAGCAAUUGAAUCGAUUAGAACCAAAUGGUAAUACUCUUCUGCAUGCUGCGACACAGUACGGCCAUAUGGAAAUUGUUCGACUUCUUCUUCAUGAAUGUGGCUGUCAACGACAUGAAAAGAAUGUAAAAGGUUUAACUGCUUAUGAAGUAGCUAAAACGGAUGAUAUGCGAGAACUCUAUCAUCGACCAUCGGAUAGAAAUCGAUUUGCAGAUGAAUCUGAUGAAAGUAAAGAAGCAUUUCAAAUUGUUUCAUCAGCAACAGAUACCAAAGAAAUGGAUAAAACAGAUGAGAAUAAUGAUGAUGAGAAUAAUAUUGAAAGUGACAAACCUGCUCAUCAAUGGUUAAAUGGGUUUGAAACACAUGAAGAAAUUCAAAAGCAAUUAGUCGGUCUUAGUGGAGCAAAACAGUCGUUUCCUCAUCUGUAG